GUGGAGGCGGAAGCGGGGACUUGGACAGAUUGUAAACUGCUACUAAACACUUUUACUUUACGUGUUUCUUUUUUUUUGCUCCCUACAGGUUCUUGUUUGGAGUAUGGACAUUCAUGCUGGGGUGCGCAUGGAAAACGUUCAGCUGGCCAAGAGAUUACACGCCAUAAAGGCCAACGGGAUUCUGAGCCAAGAAAUCUACACGGCAACCAGCUAAAUCUGUUGGGUGAAGAUAACGUAAAUGAAAUUUUUUCAAACAAGUUCGAUAUCGAUGAGGUACCCACUUCGGCAGAGAGUUCAUCGCACAACGCUUUGAGUGCCGAAGAUUUCUCGGCCGGCUCGAAUGAUUCUAGCAAAGCACGCAUGAGAUUACGGCGGCUGAAAUUUACGGCGCACCCAAGUUCGGGUGACAGCAAUUUCUCACCGAUCGACAACAGCAAACGUGAAAGCAUUGCUGCUGACUCGCGUGAAGAACUCCAACGGCACCUACAACCGCCGCGACAGACACAACAGCAACGCAAGUAUCCCAAAUAUGUUGAACGUUGGAGAAAGUUGCCCAUAUUUGGAUUGCGGCAUACUUUCGGCAAUUCACCGUUGGCGUUGACUGAUGCCGUAUCACUCGAGUUACCAGAUCGAAAUGCCGAGAGUGAGUUUAUUCAACAAUUUGGACCGCUGGCAGGCGGAAGAAGAUUGGAUGACAUCGGAGUUUAUUAUGACUUUCAAUAGAACUCGAAACUGCAAAGAUUGAUCGAGUAAAUGGUUGAUGACUUAACGGACACACACAGAGUCGUGGAUGACUACUACAGCAAAGUUAAUUAAAAGAUGAGAUAUUCGUCAAAAUAAGCGCAUGUAAAUACAAACUUACACACAUUCGCAUGCCAAAUAUGUUGGCUUCAAGUGCACAAAAUGUUAAACAAUAUUAAAUACUAAAAUAUUGGAACCACACACAUACUUACUUUCAAAGGCUCUAAAUGUAAACAUUUUAUUGUAAGAAAAAUAUUUUUGUGUAUUUUACGCGUUGAUUAAGCUAAUACUAUCUAUGUAUAAGAAGCAUUGUAAAUUUUUUUUUCCAAAAUUCCUCUAAAUGUAUUUUGCCGUAUUUUCGUUUAUACACAGGCUACGUGUACACUUAUACAAACAACUCGUUCAGGUUACAAUCGCCUCUAAUUU